UAACGUUACAAAAUUGCCUUUUGCCGGAGGAAAAACUAAAUUCCACACCAUCGCAUUUAGAUGGUUUAGAUGCCGAAACUGAAACAGACCUUCGAAUAUUAGGAUGUGAACUUAUACAAACGGCUGGAAUUCUUUUGAAAUUACCUCAGUUAAGCACAAUACAAAUUGUAAGUUAAUUCUAUUGCGAAGUUGAACUCCGCGAGAUUGUAAAUCUAAAGCUAUCGUACAAAUUAAGGAAGAGGAAGGAACAUGAUACACGUCACGUUCUCUCGUCGUUUUCUUCACGUAUCUUUCGUGAUCUCUACAACAUUAUAACUGGUAUAGUUCCAUUAAAAUUGUAUGUAUUAUAUUGUACAUAUUUGGAUAUUCCCUUGUAGUUAGCAUGGCAAAUAAAUUGGUUUGGUACAACUAUUCGAGAUGAAAGUUGCAAUGGCUACUGGGCAAGUGAUAUUUCAACGCUUUUAUUAUAGUAAAUCAUUAGUGAGGCAUAAUAUGGAAACAACAGCUAUGGGCUGUAUUUGUCUAGCUUGUAAAAUAGAAGAAGCACCUAGAAGAAUCAGGGAUGUUAUUAAUGUUUUUAAUCACAUUAAACAAGUUUCUUGUCAAAAACCAAUACAACCUGUCAUAAUUGAUCAAAAUUAUGUAGCAUUAAAAAAUCAAGUUAUUAAGUCAGAACGAAGAGUAUUAAAGGAACUAGGUUUUUGUGUACAUGUAAAACAUCCACACAAAAUCAUAGUAAUGUACUUGCAAGUUUUGGGUUAUGAAAAAAAUCGUGCUUUAAUGCAACAAUGCUGGAAUUAUAUGAAUGAUUCAUUACGAUCAGAUGUAUUUCUAAGGCACCAACCAGAAACUGUGGCAUGUGCAUGCGUUUAUUUGGGCGCUCGACAGCUUCAACUCCCUUUACCAUCUUCGCCUCCAUGGUUUUCUCUUUUCAAAGUCAACGAAUCUGCGAUAAGAGAUGUUUGUCGUCGCAUCUUACGAUUAUACUAUAGGCCACGUGUAAAGCCGGAGCAAUUGGAAAAAAAAGUGGAAGAACUACGUCGUCGAUAUGAAGAGGCAAGAACGAAAGCUCGAGGUGGUGAUGUGGAUAGUCAUACACCGAGUCCACCAUUGCCAAAACAUCAUAAUGCUUGGGGUGGUUUUAUUAGUCGCAGUGGCACACAUGCUGUGCCAGAAAGAACUAAAUCACCAAGACGUUCCAAGUCAACCAGUACUUCUCCAUCAAAAGGAGAAGGAGCAAAGCAUAAUAAAAGAAAGAAACCUGAUAGUAGAAGUAGAUCUCGUAGUCAUAGUCAUGGUAGAUCUCGUAAACCUAAAAAAGCUCAAAGAAGAAGAUCGGGUAGUCACAAAUCAUCGCGCAGUCGUUACAGAUCACAUAGUCGGUCCCGAGAAAGAGAUUCGGAAAAAUCAAAUAAACAUCGCAGUAAACGCAGACGGCUUUGAACGUGUGAAUAUAAUAAAUGCGAAAUGAAUCUAGGUAUAUAAAAAAUUGAAAUUACUUUAAUAAAAUUUUGAAUUCCUAGAGAAAAAUAAUUUUUUCUUUAAGAAAUUGUAACGUUUGUAAUUUGUAAUCUUUGUAAAUAAAAUGUCAUUUUCAACUA